AUGUCCCAUAGAUCCGCCAAAAGACCGGCGAAAGCCGACAAAACAAUGUUCUUUAUGGCGAAAGCUGCACACGGAAAGCAAAGCCGCGAGGAAAUCCAAGAUGGCGGCGGCCACGGAUCCAGGGAGGUCUCUCCAUCUCCUCCCUCCUCACCCACCUCACUACUAGAGGAUAGCCCCCUCACGCUGGCCACAAUGAAGUCCUUUAUGGCAGACUUCACAAUGCAGAUACAAGGCACCAUUGAGGGGCAGCUCAAAACACUGGUAGGCGAGUUUAAAAGAGACAUACAGGACCUGGGCCUACGCACAUCCCAUAUAGAGAAUGCAAUCAUGCAAACAUGCCUCCGCGCACAACAGCAUGGCUGA